UUGGCGUUUUGUAAUUUCCCCCCCGACACGAGCAAGUGAGCCCCGCCAGCGUCCCGACCGCCUCCCGGCGAAGCUCGAGGAGUGGAGGGAGAGCCGAGGCAGCGAUCGCCGGAGCUGGCGGCUGACCAUGGAAGAGCAGACGGACAGUAAAAGUCUCCGCGACCCUGCUCCGCCGCCGGCCAGCCACAGCCACAGCCACAGCCACAGCCACAGCCAGAGCCGCAGCGGCAGCAGCAGCGGCAGCGAUGGCGAGAGCGUGCCCGUGUCGCCCAGCCCGGCUCCCCCGUCGCCGGCCGCGCCGUGCCUGGCCUCGCUGCCCCACCACCCGCCCCACCACCACCACCCGCCCCACCAGCACCAGCCGCCGCCGCCCCAGCCGCGGCCACCGCCGCCCCAGCCGCCGCCGCCGCAGCAGCACCGCACCACCAACUUCUUCAUCGACAACAUCCUGAGGCCGGACUUUGGCUGCAAGAAAGAGCAGCUCGCGAGCCUGGCCGGGCCGCCCGGAGGAGGAGGAGGAGGGGGCGGCGGCGGCGGCCGGGACCGAGCCCUGGACCGCGGGGCCAGCUCAGGUAGAGAAAACGUCAACCCUCUGCUCGGCAGGCCCCCCCACCCGGCCUCCGCUCUCCUUAGCGCCGAGUCGCCCGGGAGCCCCGACAGCGCCUCCACGGCCUCCAAAGCGAGCCCCGCCACGGCGGCAGCGGUAGGGACGGCCAAGCCCCCCUCCUCCUCCUCCUCCUCCUCCUCUUCCUCCUCCUCCUCCUCCUGCUCGGAAGGGAGUGGAACUAACCCGGCGAAGUAUGGGGAGCACGCCAACCCCGCCAUCCUGCUCAUGGGCUCCAAUAAUGGAGGGGCUCUGGUCAAGAGCGAUUGCCAACAGCCGCUGGUAUGGCCUGCCUGGGUGUACUGCACUAGGUAUUCAGACAGACCAUCCUCGGGCCCCCGCACGAGGAAGCUGAAGAAGAAGAAGAACGAGAAGGAGGACAAGAGGCCGCGGACGGCCUUCACGGCCGAGCAGCUGCAGAGACUCAAGGCGGAGUUCCAGGCCAACCGCUACAUCACCGAGCAGCGGCGGCAGACGCUGGCCCAGGAGCUCAGCCUCAACGAGUCGCAGAUCAAGAUCUGGUUCCAGAACAAGCGGGCCAAGAUCAAGAAGGCCACCGGCAUCAAGAACGGCCUGGCGCUCCACCUCAUGGCCCAGGGACUCUACAACCAUUCCACCACCACCAUCCAAGACAAAGAGGAGAGCGAGUGAAGCCCGCCCAGGCUUCUGCUGAGAAAGCUUCUGAUAUUAUUAUUAUUCUAAUUAUUCUAAUUAUUAUUAUUAUUAUUAUGAACCCGAUCGCCAGGGAGGAGGCCGAGGACAGUGAGAUGAAGAUAAUAGGAGAGAAAGCAGGACGUUCUGGGACAAAAAAGAGAAUUACACAAAGGACUUUUUCGCCGCAGCAUUGGAGGGGGAUUUAGAAGGGUGCUAUUUAAAAUAAUAAUAAUAAAGAAUCAGAUUUAUUGUCUAUUCAUAGUUAUAAGGAUUUCGAUUUUAAAAAAAACCCGAACACUUACAAAAAAAUUAUCUAUAUAGCCAAACAUCGUACGACCUUGUAUAUAUUUAAUUUCAGGUAAGGACAAAAUAACCAUGUGUAGCGUUUUCUAUUUGCUCAUCUGUUGAGCUCUGGCUUUCUCCUCUCUCCUCGCUCUUUCUUUGUCCUUGUUUGUUUUCUUUAUGCCUUUGGGGCUCCCCUUUCCCUUUUCUGCAUCUCGGUUUUGAAGUAGGUGUCUGGCUCUCUCCCACUUUGCCCUCCCUUCCUACCUGCGUGUUAUUGUGUGUGUGCAUUUUUUUCUAUCUUUAUUUUGUGCGUGCGUGUGUUGUUCUUUUUCCGAGGAAGAAUAAUAACAGUAUGACCCACAGACUGCGAGACUGAACCCCUUGCUACAAGCCAAAGAUUUUUUUCUUAUGUUCAGAAAUCUGUAGUCUGAAAUAAAGUGUAGAUUGUGUUCAGGAUA